AUCCUUGAAUCGGUUUUAGACGCUACUCCUAUAAUUCAACACUCACCCACGCCCGUACCCUAACCCUAUCGUCUUCUCCGUCCGCCAUCGCCGCCGAACAUCACCACUCCGUCUGUCGUCGUCGAUCUCCGGAGUUUUCCGGCCAUAAAUCAGUUUGGUUGUUUUGAACUAAGAAGAAGUGGGGUUUGCUCUAGACCUUUUUCUUAAUCUGAUUGUGCUUCCCUAACAGUAUUUGUUGAGAUUUUGGUUCAUCUUAGAUUUUUUCUCUCUGUUUUUCAGUUUGAGAUGAAACUGUUGUAUAAAUGGGAUUUAGUUCUCUAGAUGUAUUGUUAGUUGGUUGUUUUGAAUUGGCUGGCUUGUGAAUUUGGACAAUCAAUAACGUAGUUGCCAAUAAAAAAUAAUAAUCAAUAACGUUGUUCAAAUGGGUCUAUUUUGGUUUGGUCUAUCAAUUUUUUGUUGCUUGAUUGGUCUUGACUGAACCGCUUAAGGGAGAGAAUCGGUUACCCGUUCGGUUCGGGGAAUACUUGAACCCUAUUUGGUUCAGGUAUGGGAGAAGUCCCCUCCCCCGUUUGGUUAUCGGGGCGGAUUCGGCUAGGGUAGUCAUAUCAGGUACGAAAAUGCCCAUAUCCGCCCAAUUCGCCCCGUUGCCAUUUCUAUACAUAUAAAACCAUUGAUUCCUCCGCAACUCUUGCAACUGUGUUUCAAACGAACCCUUUUAAAUUUCUUCACAAAAAAUUCCACCUGAUCAACUAUUGCAAAUUCCACCUGAUCAACUAUUGCACGGAAAUUGUUUCCCCGCCAAUCUGGGAAAGCAGCUUUGAAAAUUGAUACAACGAUGACGACAAUUUCGUCUUCAGUGUUCACCAUGUUGUCUCCCCCCAUUAUGCCUCAUCUUCAAAGGUGUUCGUUGUUUGGUUUCAAAGGGAGACAACCCAUCAGUACCACAAUCGAUGCCCUUUCCAACAACGGCGCCAUUUAUCGCGGCGCGGCUUCGUGUAAUGCAGUUGAAGAUGCUCACAGACGAAGAAGCAGUCCUGAAUCGCUGUUUUGUUAUGAUAAGGCUAUACCGGAGGAGAUAAUUGAGACGCCAGUAGGUUUAUCUUUAACAAAGAAAGUAAUUGGAGAUAACCCCAGCUGCCCUGAUUGCCAAACCAAAGGGGCUGUCCUUUGCCGCACUUGCUCUGGUUCUGGCUUAUAUGUUGACUCUAUAUUGGAAAGCCAGGGCAUCAUUGUCAAUGUCCGAUGCUUAGGUUGUGGUGGAACUGGUAAUAUUUUGUGUUUAGAAUGCGGUGGCCGUGGUCAUGUUGAUCUUAAUUGAUUUCCAAGGUUGUGGAGUUAGUGGGACGAUUAUUUCCGCAAUGGCCUAGGUCAUCUCAGUCUGUAUUGGACUUAACUGAGUUUUGAGAAAGCAUUAAGGAAUUCUCAGCAAUUGCAGCCCCCUUGUUGUUUGAUUUCUGCUUUCUUGCUCAAUCAGUCCACAUUUGCAGUAUUUCCCUUAUUUAACUUGUAAUUUUUCUUGUUCUUGUUUGCUUUGUAUUUAGUAUUUGGGUCUGUACUCAGUUAUUUCAUGUAUUGACUCUUUUAUAUA